ACAAGGACAUGCGUUGUACAAAUUUUCCUUUGAGGGUGUUUUCUUUAAAUUUAAGUUUUUAAGUAAUUCUUUAAUAUUUCUUCGAGGGAAGUAAUUGAGUUGACAAAUGCGUAAUCCGUGGAGUGUUCACAACGUUUUCAAACUGGCUCUUUCUGGUUACGAAUGGAGUAUUCCUUCUUGAAGAAUCAAUUUUGUGGAGGUUGCUGAGAAGUAAUAUUAGGAUGUCUGGAUUUAUAAGUAAACCAUCAGGUGGUUGGAUACAUUCCAAUAAGCUAAUUUCCAAACAGGGUGUUACGUACGCUAUUAGAUACAUAGGAUGUCUACAGGUCAAAGUUUCAAUGAAGCAGCUCGAAUUCACCACCCGUUCAAGUGUUGCGAAAUUGUGUAUUAGUAGAGUGUGUGAAGCAGCUGGGUUAAAAACGGUAGAUAAGAAACGUAAAAUAGAUAAGAAAGUCGUACGGGCUAUAGCCGAACAGCCGAAAAUGGAUUAUGCGGGUACAAAUGUGAAUUUGAAUGUUUCUAGUUCGAGUUUAACUCUUACUUCGCUCGAAACAUGUCAAGUGAUUGCUAGUCAUGAUAUGCCACGUAUAUCUUUCGCGUCGGGCGGAGAUUCUGAUACUCUCGAUUUUGUGGCGUAUAUUGCUAAGGAUAUUAAUGACUGGCGUGCUUGUUAUGUUUUGGAAUGUGGAGGUGGACUCGCGAAGGAUGUUAUUUCUACAAUUGGGCAAGCUUUUGAGUUGCGUUAUGAACAGUACAUGAAACCAUCAUCUAUGGCAUUGACAAUGGGCCACCCUGGCUCCUCAGGAGGGGAUGCGGAUAAAGACUACUACAAUGAUUUACCAGGAAAAGUUCCCCCUGAUGUCGGACCUCCUCCUGUACCCCCGCUGCCGGUCGUUGUCCCACCAUUCACACUACUACCAACAGUUCCAAGUCCAAACUUAAUCGACUUAAAUUCCGAACUUCUACCUGCAACGCACGGACGCCAUCAUGAUUACGUCAACGAUAGUGUCGCACUUUCGAGACAACGUGAUGUUUUCGACAUGCAGCCGUUUGCUCAACAUCCUCGUAUUACAUCGGGCAAGUUAGACGAAGAGAAGAUCGCCGAACUGAAAAGCGAAAUUUGGUUUCAUGGUCAAAUUAGUCGCGCGGAUGCCGAAAGGUUACUACAGAAAGAUGGCGACUUUUUGGUUAGGGAAUCGCCUGCUUCUGAGGGACAAUACGUUCUGUCAGGAAUGCAGGAGAAUAUGAAAAAGCAUUUAUUACUCAUUGAUCCUGAAGGUGUUGUACGUACGAAGGAUCGAAUGUUUCAAAGUGUAAGCCAUUUGAUCAACUACCAUUGUGAAAAUUCUCUUCCGAUAAUAUCGGCGGAAAGCGCCCUAGUGCUUCGUACUCCAAUUCCGAGAACGAGUUGACCUGAUCGCCAUCUGUGAGAUUUAAUAUUAGUAUUUCAGUGUAACUUCCUCCUAAGUGCUUACUUUUGUAAUAUCUAAAUUCGAUCGACAUCCCAGUGUAUUGCCAUAAUAAUAGCUAAUUCUAGUCAUGUUUUAAUUAUAGUUUGCGAACGUGA